UGCACACAUCAUCCCUGAGUGUGUGUCUUAGAGGAGUAUUCCUGCUGGCUUUUGUGUUCUGCAGACAACACCCUGGAAUAUUCUCCACUUUCAACAUUCUUUGCCCCGGGCAGUUGCCCCAGGCGCCCUGCUGGGAUGGAGCUCUCCGAAAUUGCCUUCUGUUUACCUUUUAUGGUUAAAAUAACAGCUUAGCAAAGAGGCAACUUGGUGGAGAAAGGAUUUCUGCGGCUCUGCCCAGGCUGCUGCAGCCUUAGCUGGUUUAAUCACCCCCAGAGAGCUUAACAACUGCGAGCACAAUGGGACACAGAGUCAUUUUGUGUGUAAAUGAGCAUAGCAUCCUGAUUACUUCACUUUACAUGGGCAAAUAGCUUUUACAAGCAACAUUUGUGCAGCAACUCCCCAGAAGCAGGGGGAAGAUAAUCUGCCUUUUCAGAGGACUGCACGGGCUAUUCUGGAGAAGGAGGAAGACGACAAAAGCCACUACACUGCCACAUCAAUUGGGGACCUGGCGGUGUUGGUUUUGCCCUCAGCUAGACUAAACGUCACCUGAAAACUUAAAGGCCACCCUCCUGUUUUUGUUUUGAUUGUGUUUUAUUUUAAUGCAAUUAAAGACGUGCGGUUCCUUUGCAAAAGGGCUGGCUAACGUAAUUGCAUUUAACCUGGUGUGCGCCAGGAAGGGCCCUGCGUCGGAGGGGCCAGGAGUCGACGUCUCUGUGUCGCACAAUGACAUCCUAGUGUGAUUCGGUGGGAGUUCUUACAGAGGAAACCAGCAUGUCGCGCCUUUCUCUCACCCGCUCUCCGGUGUCACCCCUGGCUUCCCAAGGUAUCCCUCUGCCAGCUCAGCUCACCAAAUCCAAUGCCCCGGUACAUAUCGAUGUAGGGGGACAUAUGUAUACAAGCAGCUUAGCCACGCUGACGAAGUACCCGGACUCUAGAAUAAGUCGUCUGUUUAAUGGCACAGAACCGAUUGUGUUGGACAGUUUAAAGCAGCAUUACUUCAUUGACCGGGACGGGGAAAUAUUCCGCUACAUCUUAAGUUUUCUACGGACCUGUAAAUUGCUGCUCCCUGAAGAUUUUAAGGAGUUUAACCUGUUGUAUGAAGAAGCAAAAUAUUAUCAGCUCCAUCCGAUGGUGAAGGAACUGGAGCGGUGGAAACAGGACAAGGAGCACCGGAAGCAUUUCCAGCCCUGUGACUGUCUAGUGGUCCGGGUGACUCCAGACCUCGGGGAGAGGAUUGCGCUGAGCGGGGAGAAAGCAUUAAUAGAGGAGAUCUUCCCCGAAACUGGAGAUGUCAUGUGCAACUCGGUAAACGCCGGAUGGAACCAGGAUCCAACUCACGUCAUCAGGUUUCCACUAAACGGCUACUGCCGAUUAAACUCUGUGCAGGUUCUCGAAAGACUGUUUCAAAAGGGAUUUAACGUGGUCGCCUCUUGCGGAGGUGGAGUUGACUCCUCCCAGUUUAGCGAAUACGUACUGUGCAGGGAAGACAGACGAAUGCAUCCGAACACAAUGAGGAUAAAACAGGAGCCUCUGGACUGACGACUCCUAAGAUCUUUGUCACCGUUGAAGUGUUCAAUAGUCCUCGAUGUGGAAAACUUCAGGACCCACAAACCAGUAUUAAUAGACUUCCUAUGACUUUUUGUUGCCAGUUUGUGAUAUUUUUGAAAGGUAACUUUGACAUAGCCAAAUUAAUGGCCGCUUCUCGACUAAUGAGGCCCCCCGAGCGAUGCCGUCUCACCUCAACAGCUGUGCUGUGAAGACGAAACCCCUCGCCAAGUGGAUACGUCUCUCCAAACUAGGGUUCUUGAGCCCCCAACAAAUGCAGAGAUGACAAGCUGGCACAAUCCUCGGAUCAGGUCCCUGAUGAUGAGGACGCUACAGUUCUAUGAAACAAGCUGCCUUGUUUUUCUAAGUUUAACGUGUUGAGUAGAAGAACGUUGCCGUUGUCUGAUAACUUUAAUAGUCUUCCUCUAGAAAAGAGAAAGGGGAUUACUUUUAUAUAGUGUUCUGGAUUGAUACUGAUGACCUACCACACUACAAACCUAUAAAAAUGUUAAAAGGAGUAAAAUAAAUAAAUAAUGAUAAUAAGACUAGGCAAUAGACAGUCUAUUGCAGAGUUUUGCUGUUUCAUGAAACGUUGUUUUUUAAAUCACAAAUUCCAUUAGAAGUUCCACCGACGUUGUAUCCCUCACGGGGAGACCGGAUUGCACCGUUGCCCCGCAUGAGACCGAUGAACAUAAAAUGUAGCGUGAAAGUAAAGAUGGCGGCCUACAGUGAUGAUUUUGCUGAGCAGUAAAAAUUAACACUUCAGCGGGAGGUCGGGUUUUCAGAUCGUCUAAUUAUUAUUAUAAUUUUUUUGUGUAAUUAACCUUUUUUAAGUAAAGUAGCCAGUAAUUAUUACUUAAACAGUAUCCAGAGUGCACUUACCCCAAUUGAAGGAAAUAUAUAGAACUGGGGGGAGGGGGUGUAGUAGUACACUCAGGGUUAGGGGAGCACUAUUUUACUUGGUACGAAUUAUUUUGUUUACUGUGGUGAUUAAGAAGUCUAUUCUGUAUCAUACAUCCAAAAUGACCGUAUUGGAUAACUCUCCAGUAGGUUGGUCUUGGGUCCCAGUUUUGGACAGUCCUAGUUUUUGACAAUACAAAUCCUUGAACCUAAACUCCUAACAUGAUAUGUUGGAUAGACUCCUAUAAUAAUGUUUUUUGUUUUUUUUUAUACAUUUGGCAGGCGAGGGGAACAAUGUAUUGUAAAACAGUGACACACGAGUACCCCAGAGUUCUUCCACUCCCGUACAUUGGUCUUCGAAACGUUGGUGCACAUAUUUUCUGUUAAAGCGGAUGAAAAAUAAAUUUAUUUAACACCUUCACACCCCAUAUUUAGCGUUUUGUGAUAUUUAUAGCUACAUAGAGCCAACUUUUUAACAUAUAGCUCUCUGCCCGACAUUAGGGUGUUAGGUGUUACAGGUGUCUGGGCACAAUGGCGUCCUGCUUUACCCAACCACGUUGGCAUGUUUUUUUGGUCCCAAUUAGUGUCAAUCGCUCACCUGUCGUCCCCUGUAAUUUAUAAGUUGCCGGAGUGAUCUAGAACUCUAGUUGCCUGAAGAAGUGCACACGAGUAUGCUAAGCUAUUGUAUAUAACAGACAUACCCAUCCUUAAACACAGGGGGAGGGUUACAUUGUAUCGCUACGUAGUACUGGAAUAUCCGGCAGUGUCAGGAUACAGUUGUCCAGUCGCUUAUGGGUUAAGCACGCUACAUAUCUGGGGUCACUGCACACACUCUGCCGUCGGCCUCGCAUAAAAUGUUUUUAGAAUUUUUGCUCCCCCCACCCGCAGUUUUCUAUCUGUCUGGGUCAGGUGCUGCAUUCAGAUCUGUACAUAAACUCUAUGUAGAAUUGUAUAUUAUGCAUUAUUGUAAAAAGACAAAAAAAUAUUGUCAUGUACUUGUGUAUACAUAUUUCUAAUAUAGUAAUUCAUGCCAUAAACAUUUCUGUAUAGUAAAUGAUAAAAAGGUGAAAUCUGUAUUCAGUUAUUUAUAUACUUUGGGGGGGGUUUUAAAGCAGGGAUUUUGUUUUUUUUGUAAACCACAGAACAGCGAUUUGUCUAUGUAAGGUAGCGUCUCAAAAUAUAUUUUACAUAUGUUG